CCGCUAGAGCGACAUGAUGGUGGAAUCCGCCUCGGAGACAAUCAGGUCGGCCCCAUCUGGUCAGAAUGGUGUGGGCAGCCUCUCCGGGCAGGUGGAUGGCGGCGGCGGUGGCGGGGCCGGAUCGGCGGGCGCAGCUGGAGGCAGUGUGGGCAGAGACACAGCUGCCAGCGCGGACAGCAAUGGCGAGAUGAGCCCCGCAGAGCUGCUGCACUUCCAGCAGCAACAGGCUCUCCAGGUGGCCCGGCAGUUCCUGCUGCAGCAGGCCUCAGGCCUGAGCUCCCCUGGGAACAAUGAGAGCAAGCAGUCGGCCUCUGCUGUGCAGGUGCCAGUGUCGGUGGCCAUGAUGUCCCCGCAGAUGCUUACUCCCCAGCAGAUGCAGCAGAUCCUGUCACCCCCCCAGCUGCAGGCCUUGCUCCAGCAACAGCAGGCACUCAUGCUCCAGCAGCUGCAGGAAUAUUACAAGAAGCAGCAAGAGCAGCUCCACUUACAGCUCCUCACCCAACAGCAGGCUGGGAAGCAGCAACCCAAAGAGGCACUGGGGAACAAGCAGCUGGCCUUCCAGCAGCAGCUCCUGCAAAUGCAACAGUUGCAGCAACAGCAUCUGCUCAACCUGCAGAGACAAGGGCUGGUCAGCCUGCAGCCCAACCAAGCCUCCGGGCCUCUCCAGACCCUCCCGCAAGCAGCCGUGUGCCCGACCGACCUGCCCCAGCUGUGGAAGGGCGAGGGUGCCCCUGGGCAGCCUGCGGAGGACAACGUCAAGCAGGAGGGGCUGGACCUCACUGGCACGGCCACCACCGCUACCUCGUUUGCCGCCCCCCCCAAAGUCUCACCUCCCCUCUCCCACCACACCCUGCCCAACGGACAGCCCACUGUGCUCACACCUCGGAGAGACAGCUCUUCCCACGAGGAGGCGCCUGGCUCCCACCCCCUCUACGGACACGGAGAGUGCAAGUGGCCGGGCUGUGAGACCCUGUGUGAGGACCUGGGCCAGUUCAUCAAACACCUCAACACAGAGCACGCCCUGGAUGACCGGAGCACAGCCCAGUGCCGGGUACAGAUGCAGGUGGUGCAACAGCUGGAGAUCCAGCUCGCGAAGGAGAGUGAGAGGCUGCAGGCCAUGAUGGCUCAUCUGCACAUGCGGCCCUCUGAGCCCAAGCCCUUCAGCCAGCCGGUGACCAUCUCUGCAGCAGACUCAUUCCCGGAUGGCCUGGUGCACCCCCCCACCUCAGCUGCUGCCCCCGUCACCCCCCUCCGACCCCCAGGCCUUGGCUCUGCCUCCCUGCACAGUGGGGGCCCUGCCCGCAGGAGGAGCAGUGACAAAUUCUGCUCCCCCAUCUCCUCAGAGCUGGCCCAGAAUCAUGAGUUCUACAAGAACGCUGAUGUCAGGCCCCCCUUCACCUACGCCUCCCUCAUCCGCCAGGCCAUUCUGGAAACCCCUGACAGGCAGCUGACCCUGAAUGAGAUCUAUAACUGGUUCACCAGGAUGUUCGCUUAUUUCCGGAGAAACACUGCCACCUGGAAGAACGCCGUGCGGCACAACCUCAGCUUGCACAAGUGCUUUGUGCGUGUGGAGAAUGUCAAGGGCGCCGUGUGGACGGUGGACGAACGGGAGUAUCAGAAGCGGAGACCGCCAAAGAUGACGGGAAGCCCCACCCUGGUGAAGAACAUGAUCUCGGGCCUCAGCUACGGAGCACUUAAUGCCAGCUACCAGGCCGCCCUGGCCGAGAGCAGCUUCCCCCUCCUCAACAGCCCUGGCAUGCUGAACCCUGGCUCCGCCAGCAGCCUCCUGCCCCUCAGCCAUGACGACGUGGGUGCCCCCGUGGAGCCGUUGCCCAGCAAUGGCAGCAGCAGCCCCCCUCGCCUCUCCCCACCCCAGUACAGCCACCAGGUACAGGUGAAAGAGGAGCCCGCUGAGGCGGAGGAAGACAGGCGGCCAGGCCCCUCCCUGGGCCCCCCCAACCCGAGCACCACGGGGCCUCCAGAAGACAGGGAGCUGGAGGACGACCUGCCUGGAGAGGAACUGUCCUAAGGGCCUCUAGGGGCUGGCAGGGCUGGGGUGAGACCCCGCCUUCAGGAUCCCAGGCCCCACCUACCCCCCCACUCCACAGUCCUGUCCAAACCUCAAGGCACUUCUAGGACUCUGAUAGGGGGCUGGGCCAGCAACUCCUAAUGUGACCUGACUGACAGGCCUGGGGGGGUGGGGUGGGGAGGGCCUCACCCCUGAGGGGACACUGAAUGCCUGGUCUGGGACUGAUGUGAGGACUUGGAGGGGCCCAGACCCCUCCGCAGACCCUCCCCUACAUCUGAAUAGCCUUCCCCCAACCACCAGCAGCAGCACCGGGCCCUCCUCCCCUACCAGCUCUCCCCGACAGGGCCCCUCAGCACCAUGGAGACCCGCAGGCGGGGCUAAGCCACCCCUCUCAAACCCUGGGCCCCUCGCACCUGGCCCUGGCUGUGUUUUCUGGCCAGAGGCCCCCCCUUCCCUAAUUUGUGCUCCCUUCCACCUUCUUUUCCGUACUGUGAAGAAAUAACUCCACCCCACCCCCCACCCCAAGCCCCUACCCCUGCCCCGGCCUCGUUGGGGGAACUGAAGUUUCAAACCAUCCCCUGAAGAAAACAGGCCUGAUGGCUGUGCCCACCCAAACUCACAGCUGGGGUGGGACAGAUGGCGUGCCCUGGGGGGCCCUGUGGGAGUAGGGCCAGGCCUCAGCCCCUCUCCACCUGAGCCAGGACCCAGGCUACACCAGGCCUCCAUCUUCACUUGCUGGGGCCCCCCAGCUGCCCCCACACCAGGGAGCACAGGAAGAGCCUGGCACACCCUCCUCCACAGAGAGGCCUGUGCCAGGUAGACUUUGGAGGUGGAGCCGCUGAAGGCUGAAAUUGGGGCCCGAGGUGUUGCCAGGAGGAAGCAGCUGCCUCGGUUGCCCAGAAGAGCCAGGCUGACUCUGGGCUUGAGGAUCAGGGGGGAUUAAUGUGGUGGCCGCUGUGACCCAGCAGGCCACCCCUGCCCCCAGCCUACAGGUCCCCCGUCUCCUUCCCUCAGCACCCCCUCCCUGUCACCCCAGUUAAACGGAUGACCAAAGACCUUUCUUAUGCCGGAAGCAAAAACCAAAACUUUUUGUUGGCUUUUUCCUUUGUCGCCUCCCUCACCCCUUGCUCUUCCUGUCCCCCACCCCACCCCCAGGCUGGAAGCCCUCCCUCCACUUAAGUUAUUGUUUUAAACCAAAGUUUACAGUGUCUGUUGGUGGCCAAGACCCUCUCUCUCCACCCCUCCUCCACCCCACCCUGAGGACCCUGGGACUCAGUAGAGACUGGGGGCCCUCCUCCUCUCCCCCUCAGCUCUUGCCUAGCCAGAGGGAAGGAAGGAGGGCAGAUGGAUGGAGGGGGCAGCACCCCACAGCAGUGGGCCUGUAAGCCCAAGAGCCCACCCUGGGCUGCUUCCUGGGGGCUCUCCAGACCCCUCUCUAGGACCAAGUCCCCCAUCAUGCUGGGAGUUGGAUUCCAGCAACAAGCUGGAAAAAAAAAAGAGACUCCACAGACCCCCUAUGGGGGACCCCAAUUUGAGGGCAAGGACUGGGUGUGUUGGCUACUCAGGACACCCAGACCAGGUCCCUUUGCUGAGAAGACUCCUUGGACUGUUUCCCGAGAAGCCCCACAUGCACCCCUUCACAAGCCACCCCUCCCAGAGGCGGGGGCCCCCUGCCCCCUCCCCAUGUACUCCCCACCCGUGUUCCGUCUGACCAGCACAGAAAUAUUAAACGUCCUCUAUUCACUGGGCCCUGCGUGUGUCAGCAAGUGGUGGAGGGCGGGUUGGGGUGAGUGGAAAGUUUGCUCUGGGGAGCAGGGGCCAGGAAGCAGCACCUGGACACCGUGGGGCUGGGGUGUUCCUCGGGUGCUUUGCUUUUAGGUAUGGGCGGAUGGCUUGGACACCCGAGGGCUUGUGCUGGGCAGCCUACAGCCUCCGCGUCUGGUCCUUCCAGUGGUUCCUCUCUGCCCCCCAUUCCCCUUCCGUCCUUCAUCUUGGCACUCUCUGGUAUGUUGCUUCAAACUGGGUCUCUCCAUUCUGUCUUCUCCCGAAGUCACCGCUCCUUGCCCCAGUUCCUUUUGGCUCUGGGAUCCAGGUUCCUGCCAGGGUUUUCAGCAGAGUAGAUUUCCUCCAAACAUGGAGAAGAUUCCUGCUGCCAGGACCUUCUACCUGGGCCUUCACCGGUGCAGAUGUCCACUCUCAGCCCCAGGCCCUUUGGGGCCAACAUCCGUGUCCUGUGGAGUCUACCUGGUUAGGCCUGUGUGCAUGCAUGUAUUGGGGGAGAGUAUGAGGAAAAGAGGAAGGUCUUGAGAAAACAGAACUUGAAGUCACCUCAAAAUCACCUUUCCUUUACACUCCACAGACUUUCCUGUAACCAAGUUUGGGGGUAAGUAGGGUUGGAAGGGGUUAAGAUGCAGAGGUUGAAGCUCCCUUCACUGUUUUCUCCAUCUCAGUCCUGUCUUUCUAUUCCUUUGACCAUUGUUUUCUCUCACUCUCCCUCUUACCCAUGCCACCUCCUCCCCCUGCCCGCAUCCUUUGGACACAGGGGUGCCUGGUGUGAAUUCCCUGUAUACCUGGAGGGGGGCAGCCAGGGCGGGCCAGGGGUGCUCAGUCUGGAGUCUCAAGGCACCACCAGCCCCUCUAAAGGAGUCGCACUGCUGUGUAUUAUGAACUGCCCCUCCGUCCGCGGAGGCCGCCAGGCCCUGUAAUAGGACUAGCUGCAUGUAAUCUGUGUGGACGGCAUUCUCUACAAUGCAAUAAAACAG